AUGAUGCCCACCGCCACCUCUGCGUGGAACCAGCCCAUGCAGCCACCCGCCUACAACGCGGUCCAACCGCGCACCUCCCUCCAGCCUGCACUGGCCCCAACAAGUAAUAGCCCCGCCUCCAGCAAGCCGAAGAAAGUCGAGUGGCCCCCUGCGGUGCGCGAUUACGUCCGCCGCGCCUUCGAUCCUGAAAGCGUCAUCGCGGGUGUUUCGAGCCAGGAGAUGCAAACGAAACUGAAAGAGACCAUCAGCUACUACGCUGAACGAAACAUGCAAGAUACCAUAAAUUGGACCACAUAUCCCUUGCCUCAGGAGCUCAUCCAAGAAGAGCGAAGGAAAGCUGCACUAAUGUCACCCACACAUAAUGGUUUCGCGAACGGUCUCUCAUCUCUUCAUCUCAAUGGCGCAACCGCCCAAACUAACCUAUCUCCAUCCACACUGAAGAAGCGCAAAUCCCAAGACGCUGAUGAGCUUGCUCAGCAAACUCAGGCUACUCUCCCGCCUUGGCGUAGAACUAACCUAGAAUCACGCAUGACUUUCGCCGAGGCACCUAACGAAAAGCGCCAAAAGAAGAAUGCCGCUUCUGACGCCUCAAGUAAGUUAGAACAAGCGGAACUGGAGAAGAGACGACAACGAUUCAAUCUUGGCAAGCCCGGCAACAACAAGGCAGCACCAUGGGGAGCCUCAGCAAAGGACGAAGACGAAAUGCCCACUGGUCCUGUCGUUGGCACCAACAUGGCGCUCGAGAAGAGCUACUUCCGUCUGACCGCACCACCAAAGGCAGAGACUGUCCGACCCUUACAUGUGCUUGAGAAAACCUUGGCGAUGCUCAUCAAAAAGUGGAGAGCCGAAAAGAACUACAAUUAUAUUUGCAACCAGUUCAAGUCACUCCGUCAGGAUCUGACUGUUCAGCAUAUCAAGAACGCCUUCACUGUGAAGGUUUACGAGACGCAUGCUCGGAUAUCACUAGAGAAGGGGGACACGGGUGAGUAUAAUCAGUGCCAGACGCAGCUGAAGGCGUUGUACGCACUGAGUCUUGGUGGUAAUCCGGCCGAGUUCAAAGCCUACCGCAUUUUGUACUUUGUAUAUACGUGCAACAAGACCGACAUGAACGACAUGUUGGCAGAAUUAACCCCUGCAGACAAAACCCACCCAUGGAUCAAGCACGCACUCGAUGUUCGCUCAGCCCUAGCUCUUGGCAACUACCACAAGUUCUUCCGUCUCUAUCUCGAGGCACAGAACUUGGGCGGCUACCUGAUGGACCUAUUCAUCGAGCGUGAGCGACUCGCUGCUCUCGCUAACAUGUCUAGAGCCUACAUUAGUAUCACUCUGCGCUUCUUGACUGAUGAGCUCGCUUUCGACAACGAUGAAUCGUGCCGUGACUUCCUCGGAUCGCAUGGCGCCCAGAACAUCAUCGAAGAAAAGCCCGACGAAAAGACUGGCAAACAGUAUCGCGUGAAGAUCCGCGAGGCUGCAGCGCAGCUGGAGCAGCUUCGUGCUGGUGCGUUCAGCAAAGUAGACAUCAAGGGCCAGAUUUGA